CCUCACUGUUUUGACUCGGAGAAACCAGGUCGAUCAAUCGCGAAUAACUCGCUCCGCUCCUCCCAAAAAUGGCCUCCGUGAACAGCGUCACACUCCAUGGAGUCCUCUCUCUCUCCACACCCAAAACCAAACCCACCGUAAAGGGUCUCUCCGGGUCUUCUCUCCGCAGCUUCAGACCUUCCCUCACCCAGAUUUUCUCCAGAACCAAACAGAGGGAAUGGGUCGUGGUUGGGUCGGUGUCAAAGGAGCUCGAUGUAAUCCCAGUUCAGAGCAGUGACUCUACGGACCAACAGGACGGAGUUGUGAACAGAACAGAAAGGGAAAUUGAAGGAGAAGAGAUCGUGAAUCAGGUGGUGGUUGGUGGGUUCGGGAAAGAAGGAAGGUUGUCGUUUGAAGGGGCUGGUGAAAUUCAAGGGUUUUCUUCGUCGGCGAGUUCUUCAGUUGGAAUUGAGGGUAAGAGUAAGGAGGAGGAAUUUAAGCAUUUGAUUGAUAGAGCCAUUAAUGCAGCUAUUGUUCUCGCUGCUGGCACUUUUGCCAUCAAUAAGUUGCUCACCAUCGACCAAGACUAUUGGCAUGGAUGGACCAUAUAUGAGAUAUUGAGAUUUGCACCUCAACACAACUGGAUCGCAUACGAGGAAGCCCUGAAAACAAACCCUGUUUUAGCAAAAAUGGUGAUUAGUGGAGUGGUUUACUCUGUAGGGGAUUGGAUUGCACAGUGCUAUGAAGGAAAACCUCUUUUUGAAUUUGACCGAGCGCGCAUGUUCAGAUCAGGCCUUGUCGGCUUUACUCUGCAUGGAUCCCUUUCUCAUUAUUAUUACCAGUUUUGUGAGGGACUUUUUCCUUUUCAAGAUUGGUGGGUGGUUCCUGCUAAAGUAGUCUUUGAUCAAACUCUCUGGUCUGCUACUUGGAACAGCAUCUACUAUAUAGUUUUAGGAUUCUUGCGCUUUGAAUCGCCAGUCAGUAUUUUUAAGGAAUUGAAGUCAACAUUCUUGCCUAUGUUGACUGCAGGGUGGAAACUUUGGCCAUUUGCUCAUCUGAUUACCUAUGGCGUCAUCCCUGUGGAACAGAGGCUUCUUUGGGUUGACUGUGUAGAGCUCAUUUGGGUGACAAUACUGUCAACUUACUCAAACGAGAAAUCAGAACAAAGAAUAUCCGACAUACCAGCAGAGGCAAAUUCUGAUUCCCCAUCAAUAAGUCCUCCUGAGGAGUAAACUAGAAGUUGGAAGAAAAUUUUGAAGAGGAGUCAGUCUAUUUAUGUCCAAAUGCUGAAAGAUAAGAUCAUUCGUCAUCAUGGACCUUGGCUUGCAACAGGGGUUGCUGUGGGGUGAUGGCUAGAGAGGCUGGUCGUAGCUAUACUCGCAUCCCUGUGGAUUCGCACCUGUAUCUUAUGUAAACCUACCUUCCUUUUUUCUCUGUAUGAUUUUUUUAGGUAAAAUGUUACUAGUUUCAGACUCUUAUACUAAGAAAUGUAAAGAUGAUAAUUUCCGUUCCGUCAUAGAAAAUGUAUAGUUAUUAUCUUUCUUUUGUC